AUGGCUACUGCAGCCGCUCACCCCCAGGGAACCUCGCUCGAUAUUCGGGUUGAAGACUUUCUGGACGAUAAACUUCAGUCCACUGCUGAUCUCGAGAACCUCGACACACUACUCGAGAAUGUCGAGCUUCAACGUAACCAGCUGCAAUCGCAGCUAGAUACAGCUGUCAAAGAGCUCGAGGAGACCCGGCGCACAGCCGACGACCGCCAAGGCUCGCUCACCGCUCGUAUUCAAGAGUUCCAAAAGCUUCAGGAGAGCAUUGAUCUCCGUGCCCAAAUCUAUGCUGCUUCCGAUGCGCCCGAUCAGGCCAUUGAGCGACUCAAGUCGCCCAUGAACAAGAUCAAGGCUGUUGAGCGGGCCCAGAGUUACCUUGUCCUCUUGCAAGAUGCAGAGAAGCUCCGAGCAGAAGCAAAGUCCUUUCUCCCGCAAGACCCCAAGGCUGCAUUGGAACCAUACAUCAAGCUAAAGCAACAUGUACUCAAGCUACAAGGCCUACCGGGCCAAGAAGGUCUACACCUUGUCGCCUACGCCGAGAAUCUGACCAGAUCACUUUGGGAUGAUAUCAAGUCUACCAUGUCUGGGGAACUAGAGGAAGUCUUGAAACAGAGAAAGUGGCCGCGGGUUGAAUCCGAUCUGCAGAUGGACGAAGAAUGGAUCAACUGCAUCGAAAAGCUCAUUGAUUUGCAAAAACCAGAGAUAGCACACACUGAUAAGCUCGUCACGCUGUUACCGUUCGAGAUAAUGGCCUCGAUUUUCGUCUCAGAGUUCCGUUUCCACUUCCUUAGCGAUAAGCCGACAAGCAGCCCGCAGGCAUUUGGAACACAUUGCCUUUCGUGGUUUAUUGCACUCGUUGAGAAAUGGGAAGACUUUUUCCGAGACAAUCUCGGGUAUCUCCUUGCAGAGAAAUUUCGAGAUACCGAUGUAGCAGCCAAUUUGGCUUACAUCGACCCAGUUUCUGCGUUGAUUACUUCUCUAUUGCCAAUGUUGAAGGAAAAGACCUCUCUGGUCGCACUCGAAGCUGUCAAGAGUCCAUCUUUCUUGAGUAGUUUCAUGUCACAGCUUAUGGCCUUUGACGACAAUGUUCGCUACAAGUUUAGCUACGACGGUGGCGACGCUGAGAAUGGAUGGCCUGGUUUGACCGCAUAUGUUCUUGACGACCACUUCGAUACGUGGUUUAAAGCCGAGAAAGAAUUUGCUCUGGAGAGGUACAACACCAUUAUAGACUCGCAGGACGCUCGCAACAUCGAUUACGAUUAUGCGUUGCAGGGCAAGAUGAAGCCAACAUAUGCUGCUGUACGAGUCACUGAUCUUUUACGGUCGGUAACAAGCCAGUAUGAGAGAGUUCGCACUUUCAAGCAUAAGAUUCGAUUUUUGAUUGGUAUCCAGCUAGAGAUUUUGGAUGCCUACCAUGAUCGUCUUCGAGACUCACUACAAGCUUACCAGAGUAUGUCUACUACCUUUGGCCGUACACUGGCUGCGAACAAGGAGGAUCUUGCUGUGCUAGAAGGUACAGGCGGGUUUGAAGUGCUGUGCAAAGUGAUUGGCAGCGCCGAUCACAUCGUGAAUACUCUAAAGGACUGGAGCAACGAAGAGUUCUUCGUUUCUCUAUGGGAUGAACUCCAAACCCGAGCCUUGCAUCGAGCCAGCCAGGGCAAUAACAUUACUAGCAACAUGAGCUAUGACGAUGUCAAAGAUCGUACCUCUGCAGCGGUAGGAGAGAAACGUGAAGAUGGUGCUCUCUUUGACGAGACGGCUACUGCUUAUAGUAUGCGACGCACAGCUGCUCAAGAGCUUCUUGUUGGUGCUCUGGUUGAGUCUCAGAACAAGGCUUUCCGCGCCUACACAACCCGUGUUCAAUGGACAACUGUCGGCGAAACGGCUAUUUCUGAUGAGCUUGCCAUUACUCCAGAACUGGACGAGCCACUUCGUAUCCUGCAGCGCAACUUUGAUUUCCUCAUCAAAGCGCUGUCCACGGCUGUUUUCCGCCGUGUCUGGCGCGAAGCUCUCAUUAAGCUUCAAGAUCACUUGUGGCAGACAGUCCUCAUGCGCCAAUCCUUUACAACUUACGGCGCAACUCAAUUCUGCCGUGAUGGUGUCGCUCUAGUUUCCAUUAUUGAGCGCUAUAUCCCCAAUGGCUCUUCUAUCCUCGACACUUUGACUAAGGGAAUUCAGCUCCUGAGUUUACCAGUUGAGGCCGGGGAGGCAGGCGGCUUGACACUCAAAGAAGCCAGUGAUAGAGUAUUCACGGAUAACGAGGAGGCGCGCAAGGUUCUCGAGGAACUGCAUCUGGAAGAGUUGUCACCACAGAGCGCCAGAAACAUUCUGCAACGCCGUGUAGAGAAUAACGAAAAUGUGGGAUGGUAA